AAUUAGACGUGCAUUUAAAUCAUCCACCUUUAGUUCGAGUAAAGCUGAUAGCGAGAAUAGAAACCCUAUACAUGACAGCACAAACACUCUCAAUACAUCUCCAUCUACAGAUACUAAAGAUGAAAAGCACGUACAAUUCAAACCACCCUCCACACUACACACACAAGUAGAAACACGUUCUAUAUCACCAACUCAGCCAUCUCUCAUCACUUCUUCAUCUACAUCUCGUCUCCCUCUAUCUCCAUCGACCUCUUCCACAACUUCUGGCACUUGGAGCGGUAUGGUACAGUUCGAUUUAGUUGAAAACCUUUCACAAAGGGAGAGAACUAGACAGGAAGUCCUAUGGGAGAUUGUCGCUUCUGAAGCUAGAUAUGUUGAUGAUCUAUCCAGUUUAUUUGAAGGAUAUAUAAAACCAUUGUUAUACCCAUACACACAAAAUAAGGAUUCAAUUUCAAUACCAGAGAAUUUCAAAUUGUUAUUAGAAACUCUCGGUAAUUUUAUUCUACCAAAUCAUGUCUCAUUAUCAAAGGAUUUAAAAACAAGACACGCUGCUCAAUACCCACUCAUUAGAAGCUUGGCUGACAUUUUCUUGAUUCAUAGUCAUAACCUUCAAUAUUACUCUUUAUACGUCUUGCAUUUAGAAAUUUCUUUAUCAGUUAUAGACGAAUCCAUAAAUUUAGCUAAAAGUACUGGCAAUAUGAAUAAACGUAGCGAUUUAUACAAUAGUUGGAAAUUAGGUAAACGUUUACUAGACUUAGAGGACGCAGCUCAAAGAGACAAUGAAGCUGGGUUGGCUAUUAGUCUUUUAAAACCAUUUCAAAGAUUGCUGAAAUAUCCUCUACUCUUUCGCAAUUUGUUGUUCAAUAGCGAUCCAUCAAUGAUAGAGUACGAAUCUACACUCAAAAUGGUUGAUCAAGUGGAGUCUAUCGUGAGAUCAAUUGAGGACCGUAAAAUACAAAUAGAAGAACGCGAUAAAACUAGAGAUGUUCUUGCUAGAAUUGAAGGAAUAGAAAAGGAACGUAGCUUAAUGGCACCUAAACCUGGUCGUUUGUUAAUGAAGGAAACUAGUUUACAAGUACCAAAUAAGAGCAAGCACGGCUCAUUACCACCACCUCAGAAGCCACAAGUUGCAAAGAAAACUAGUGUUAGAAGAUUAUCAGAUUUGUUACCUUCCGGUACUACGAUUCAUCUAGAGGAUAAAAAUAAUUUCACAAAAAAGGAUUUAUGGCAUGUCGAAUUCAAUGAUGUAACGCUUCUUUGUCAGCGUACUGCGAGAACAACCUUGCCAAUUGCCAGUAACGACAAGUCAACACCCUCUGUCAAACGAUCGUCGUUGUCUUCAAACAGAAGCGAUAGUUUGAGGCAAAACGGUCGUAACUUAUAUCGCUUUAUAAAAAUCGCAAAAUGGAAUAUAACCGAUCAAUCGAAUGAAGGAAUAGUAUCCAUGAAUGCCAUCCUUCGAAGCAGAUCAAACUCAACUGAUGUAGGAAGACAACAAAUUCCAGGCAAGCCUUUCCCGACAUCAAAUCCAGAUUCAAGAUCGCCAACGUUGAACAACGUCGAUAAUUCCACACCAGACGAUAUGAAGAGCAGGGCAUCCACUAAGAUGUCAUUCAGUUAUGCCAAGGGGGAUGAAAUUACACCUCGUAUUAAGCUUAGACCGCGUCAAAUGCCACAUUCACAGAAAAACUCUCAAAAUGAGAUUCAGAAUGUCAGGAUGGCAGCUGCGAAAUUCGGUACGAGACUAAGGCCAUCGAAUGCGAGUCAGACCAGUAUCAAUGUCAUGAAUGACAGGCCGUCUAGUCGUGCAACGACUACUGGUGCUCCAAUGAGACAGAAGGAAGUGGUUGUCGCUAGGACACUCACACCCCAACCUCCACCUACUAGCAGCAAGGCUAAACUUGAGACCAUGAAUAGCUCAACGAGGAAGGUCAAUCACAGGAAAGCACAACUCUACAACGAGAGAUCACCAUCGACUUCACCUGCUCACAAAAAACAUACGUCAACUGGAGACAUAGAUGCUUCACCAACCGGCUCGAUUUCUAGCACCUCUUCAAUGGAAACUCAAACAAAUGUGCGCCAACCGCUACAAAGAAAAUCAAGAGCACCGAGCCAAGAUUCUGGUAUGCUCUUGGUUAGAGUUGCUGAACAAUAUCUGCGAGAAUCAGAACCAGAAGUACAACAAACAUAAUGGAUAUGAUAUUUCAAUAAAGUGAUUUUUUGAUGAAUGGC